CGGGCAGAUUGCGGCGGCCCCGGCCAAUGACAAAAAAGAAAAGAAAGAAACGAGGAAGGCGGCCAGCCCGCGGGGCCGCUCCUGGAGCAGGGGAGGGCGCUUCCGAGGGUCCCCGCCACUAUGGCCGAGGACGAGGCGGACCCCACAAGCCCCAAGGCGGCCGGGGCCGCCCCCCAGGGGGACGGAGACCCCGGCUCCCUCCUGCAGAAGCUGCGAGGUGGCAUCACAAAAAGCAUCCAGAACAAAGUUGAGCUUAUACUGCAAGAUGUCCAGAAAUUCUCGGACAACGACAAGCUGUACCUCUACCUGCAGCUGCCCUCCAGCCCCAGCGCUGGGGACAAGAGCAGCCUGGACCCGAGCGUGCACAGUACGGCCGAGCACAUGUACGCCUACAACUGGAUCCGGGACCACCUGGAGGAGCACGUGGCCACCUGCCUGCCCAAGCAGGACGUCUACGACGCCUAUAGGCGAUACUGCGGCAGCCUCCGCUGUCGCCCACUCGGGGCCGCCAACUUCGGCAAGAUCAUCCGUGAGAUCUUCCCCGACAUCAAGUCCCGGAGACUGGGGGGCCGGGGCCAGUCCAAGUACUGCUACAGCGGCAUCCGCAGGAAGACCCUGGUGUCCAUGCCGCUGCUGCCCAGCCUCGACCUCAAGGGCCCCGAGAAGGAGCCGGGCCCGGAGGCGGCCCCGGGGCCGCAGGACAAGCUGCUGGAGGCGGCCUGCGCCCUGACCUGCGACUGGGCCGAGACCGUCCUGCAGCGCUCCUUCGGCUCCAUCGUGGACGUGGCCCGCUUCCUGCUGCAGCAGCACCUCAUCUCCGCCCGCUCCGCCCGCGCCCGCCUCUUCACCGACACCGUGCUCCCUUCGGCUGCCUCCACCGCCCAACCCGCUGAUGGAGGCGAGCGGCCCAGUCCGGGCCCCCCUCCCCCUGCCAAGAACGGGCUGGCGGCCCCCGAGGCCAGCAACCCGCAGGCGACGAAGCCGGCCCGGCCGGAGGGCUGCCAGGAGGCCGCGGGGCCGGGGGAGCCACCCUCCCCGGCUCCUCAACCCUCCGCUCUGCCCCCCGUCCCCCGCCGGUCCCCGAAGGACCCGGCGCCGGAGAGCGCGCCCCCCGUCCCCCCGCCGCCGGGCCCCGGGGGCCCCCGGGAGCCCAAGCGGAGCUCGGAGGCCCCCCCGCGGGCGCCAGCCCCCAACAGCCCUCAGGUGAACGCCCUGGUCGCCCGGCAGCCCCCGCUCCGGCCCCGCGUGCCCUGCCCGCCCCUGCCCAUGCCCCUGCCCCUGCGACUGCCCGUGCCCCGGCCCCUCUGCCUCUCACCCCCGGUCCUGGCCCCCAAGCUGGUGCCCGGCGGGACCCUCAAGAUGACCGCCCUGCCCCUGCCUGUGGGCGCGGGGGGGCCCCGGGCCGCCCUGCCCAUCAUCAGCAUGAUCUUGCCCGCCGUGCCCGCCCCCCCGGCCCGGGCCGGGGGCCAGCGGGGUACGGAGGCGGGCGGCGGGGCGGUGGACCCCGGGCCCCGGGCCCGGGUCCCCAAGCGCCCGGUGGAGGUGCCCUCGGACGGCGGGCACCAGGCAGCCAAGGCAGUGAAGAAGGAAGCCCGGGAGGUGACCGCGGGAGGUCGGGCCCGAGAAGGCAGGCGAAAGAGGGGUCGCCCCCGGAAGGAAACGGGCGGCCGGGAGAGGAGCCCCUCGUCGGAGAAACCCGGGCCCCCCACGGACUCAGCCCGCCCGCCGGGGUGGCCGGGCGGCGGAGCGGCCCGGAGCCCCCCUGUCGGGUCCGCCGCCCGGGGCACCGCCGGGGCAGAGGCCGGGGAGCAGAGGGGCAGCCAGGACUCGGUGGGGGGCCAGGGGCCUAAGGAAGCCCCUCCUUGA